UGGGGAUGGAGGGUGGUAUUACACUACAGAAAAAGCUAAUAAAAUUACAAAAAGGAUAAUUAAGAAAAAAAGAAAAAAGAAAAAAAAGAAAACGGUAAAAUGAGUUUGGAAGUUGGGGGGGUUCACUUAAAUAGAUGUGCAGUAAAACACAGUGGGUUUCCAAUGGCGAGAGAGAAGUGAUGAUCAUCAUCUAUGUUGAGAUCUCUGCUACUCAUACUUUCCGCUGCUAACUUCUAUUCCCAAGAUUGUUCACUCCCAAACCCACCAUUUUCACUCUCUCUCUCUCUUCCUUUUUCCCAAAUCUUGUGCCUCCCCUCCCCUAGUUGAUGAGCGUAUGACCUGGUAACAGUAUCAGCCAGCCAUGUCAGAGGAGCCAAAUUUUGUGAUCCAGAUGAUGCCCUUAUGUAUAGUUGUAUGAUGUAGAAAAGUGAAUCGAUUCAGUGUAUGUAUAUAUAGGUAUUGGAGAUGGUGUACGCCGACGACUGGGGUUUCCCUUUCUCCGACGAAGCUAACAACAGCGAGGGCAUCGAUCUGAACGCGUCGUUGAACGACGAGGAUCCGGAUCAGGAUUCGCACGUGCAUGGGUCUCGAAGCAAGGUCUGCGCCCGAGGCCAUUGGCGCCCCGCCGAGGACGCCAAGCUCAAAGAUCUCGUCGCCCUCUACGGCCCCCAGAACUGGAACCUCAUUGCGGAGAAGCUCGACGGCCGAUCUGGAAAGAGCUGCAGGUUGCGCUGGUUUAAUCAGCUGGAUCCCAGGAUAAACAGGAGGGCUUUCACCGAGGAGGAGGAGGAGAGGUUAAUGGCGGCGCACCGCUUGUACGGCAACAAAUGGGCCAUGAUAGCCCGCCUCUUUCCGGGCCGAACAGACAAUGCCGUCAAGAAUCAUUGGCAUGUCAUAAUGGCCAGGAAAUACAGGGAGCAAUCCAGUGCUUACCGCCGCCGGAAGAUGGGCCAGUUUGUUUUCAAGCGAAUCGAAGAUGACAACGCCGCCGCCGCCGCUGCUGCUGGGGUUUUCUGUGGCGGCUCGGCCGACCUAGCCGGCGCUGGGGUUUGGACGCCGCAAGCUUCUCUUGCUUUCUACCCAGGCCCGAGUUACAGUAAUGAGAUGAUGAGCGUUUUCAACCACAACAAAUCUUGGGAAGAAACCAACACCUAUUCCUACCCUUAUCAGCAGCACUACACUCCCGCAGCCACAGCCACAGCCACAGCCACACCAUUGCUGCACCAGCACUCACUCUAUCAUUUCCCUUCGGAAGCAGCUUCGGUUCACGCCGAGCCGAAGGUGGACGAGCGGAUGGCGCCGCCAUUUAUAGAUUUUCUGGGAGUGGGCGGGUCUUUGUGAGGGAUUAAUCCUUGAAUGAUUAGCGAAUAAUUAAUGAAGUAAUUGGAGUGCGUGUAGUGUGUGUUGGGUUGGCAUUUGGAAACAGUAGGAAUUCUUUGAUUUUGGGCUCCAUAUGUAGUUAUUUUGGAGAUGGGAACUGUUUCAAAAUAUGUGAAUAAGGUCAUGUCACUUCCUCUCUCAUCACUGUGUUUUACUUUACAUCUUACAUAUACGAGAAUGGAUAGUGGUGAACUGUAUGGUAACAUGUUAGGUGUGAAUUACAUGGAAAGAUGCAAAAAGGCAUAACUUUUGGGCACGUUCAUGUGAUUAAAUGUUUCUGUUUGUGACCAAAAAUGGAAAGGGAAGUAUACGAGUGCGUGA